CAGUCUCUUCUUCGCUUCCGUCAACUUUCCCGCGGCUGUUCCCAAACAUGGCGGACUGCGAGGAGGAACAAAAUCUGCUGGGAGCGGAGGAGGACGAGGACUCCCAGUCCGUCCGACCGGCGAGCAACCGGGCUGGGAGACCGCUUCCUGCAAUCUGCGACCCGGCACACCUCUCGCACAGGAUCGUUGUCCUAGUUUUUAUGUGUUUCCUGGGAUUUGGAAGCUACUUCUGUUAUGACAAUCCUGCUGCUCUUCAGACUCAAGUCCUACAGGAUUUGAGCCUGAACACAGCUCAGUUCAUGCAGCUGUAUGCCUGGUACUCUUGGCCCAAUGUCAUUCUCUGCUUCUUUGGUGGCUUCCUGAUUGACAGAGUCUUUGGCAUCAGACUGGGGACCAUACUUUUUUCCCUUUUUGUUUGUGUUGGACAGGUAAUCUUUGCUGUUGGAGCUAUGGUGAAUCGGUUUUGGUUGAUGGAAAUUGGACGUUUUAUAUUUGGAAUUGGAGGGGAGUCUCUGGCUGUGGCCCAGAACACAUAUGCAGUCAACUGGUUUAAAGGGAAGGAGCUCAAUCUGGUGUUUGGCCUUCAGCUGAGCAUGGCUCGCCUGGGCAGCACAGUCAACAUGAACAUCAUGGGCUGGGUUUACAACAGAGUGGCUCUCCUCGUCGGCCCUGUGGGUUACACCACACUCGGCGUCUCGCUCAUGAUAGCUGCUGUAACCUGCAUAUUCUCACUAAUCUGUGCUCUGGUGUUGGCAUUCCUGGACAAAAGAGCGGAGAAAAUUCUCCAAAAGGAGCAAGGCAAAACAGGUGAGGUAAUUAAACUGACCGAUGUGAAAGACUUCCCUUUCCCCCUGUGGAUCAUCUUCAUCAUUUGUGUGAGCUACUAUGUGGCCAUCUUCCCUUUUAUUGGACUGGGGCAGAUGCUCUUCAUCCAGAAGUUUAACUUUUCCCCCACUGAAGCCAGAGCUGUCAACAGUAUUGUUUACAUCAUCUCGGCACCCGCCUCUCCCAUUCUGGGCUUCAUGGUGGACAAGACAGGGAAAAACGUGCUUUGGGUGAUAUGUGCCGUGUGCACCACACUCGCUUCUCACAUGAUGCUGGCCUUCACCUUCUGGAACCCGUGGAUCGCCAUGUCGUUGCUGGGUGUGUCGUACUCCCUACUGGCAUGUGCCCUAUGGCCCAUGGUUGCCUUUGUGGUGCCCGAGCAUCAGCUAGGAACAGCUUAUGGCUUCAUGCAGUCCAUUCAAAACCUUGGACUUGCACUCAUCGCAAUGGCGGCAGGAGCCAUCCUAGACAACAAAGGAUACCUGGUCCUCCAGGUCUUUUUCUGCAUCUGCAUAUGCAUUGCAUUGAUGGCCGUGGUGAUGCUUUACUUUGUGGAUUAUCUAAGAGGAGGGGAUUUGAACCGGUCAGCUGCCGCCAGAGCCAAACUCCAGAAAGAAGCCACUUCAGAUGCAGAGAAUAGACGCCGGCUCAGUCAGCUGACGGAGGGCGAGUUGGCUAGACUGACACCCAUGUCUGCUUUUGGCUUACGCAACCGCUACCUGUCCAGGCUGGGAACACAGCUGCCAGGCCACUGCUCCAGCCAUCUGUCAUCGCUCGCCCACAGGAGCGUUCUGAAGUGAUGCCCUUCAUCUGGCUGUCUGCACACCUCUGGCACUUCAGCUAUGUGACUCUAGACAAGUAUGCACUGACAACAACAAGAAAAAAGAAAGAGGAGAUGGCUGCCUCCAAAGUUUCCUUAUUGAACUUGAAGAUGUCACGUUUUACCUCCAAAGCACUUUCAGCCUUCACGUGGUAAGUCAGCUGUUUGGGUCACAUGAGAGCACAUCAUGUUGUCUUUGUUGCACUUUAUGCACUAUGCAACACAAUUACAUAAAUGGGACUUUGCACAAACGACAGAGGGUACCGACUCCUUCAAAUGUCAGCGUUGGUGUUUUUUUUUAUUUUUUUUAAUUCACAACCUUGUUAUGUGUCCAACUGCUUGUGGCUAGUCAGCACAUUUAGCUUUUACAAUCCCUCCAGGUUUUUAUAGGUAGCCUUGCGCCAAAUAGAAUCAAUCAAACCUGUUGCGUUUUAACUAAUGUGUAUAGACUAAUAAAAGACUGUAUAAACAGUUUGGACAGUUAUUCCUUCACUUAUCAGAAACGGAGGUACAGAUCAGUUUGCACCCCCAAGGCCCAGUAAAAUCUGCAAUAAUGAACGUGAACCCCAUACAUUCAUUAUAGCAGUUGUGGGAGGUCAGGGCCAGCACAGUCUUGUUUGCUGGCUGUACACACAGUAGUAUCAGUAGCACUGUCCUCCAUGACAUUGUAUUGCAAACAGUAGUGUCUCUCUUAGCUCCUCCCCCUCCAGUACGUGUAUGUGUAUGCUAGAUUUUGUCCAAUCAGAUUUCAGCUUCUAUAUGUUGCCAUUUCAGUGUAAUCUGCCCAGGGCCUUCAGAAUCAGGGAUGCUGGCCAGUAUCACUUAAAACUCUUACAAGAAAUAGUGUUGCUUUCAGAUUCGCCCAACAGGACCAGUUAGCAGGCGUACAUUGGCAUCAACAUUUUACUUAAGCUUAUGCCUAACGUAAUGUUACUAGUAGAAUGCAUCGAUCAUCCCAUGAACACGAUGCCGGUCCGGUACAAAGGAGACAGACACGGAGUUGUUCAUUGUUCUGUGUGUGUGUUAUAUGAAUGAGUGAGUGAGUUUACAGUACGUCAGCCAGGGAAAGGGUUUGUUCACCACUUUCAAUGGAAGUCUUCCAGACCAGUGCUUAUGAGUAUGAUGUAUUUUAUUUAGUUUAUUAAUGUUUUUUUGUCAUGUAAUUGGAUAAAUAUUGAUUCUAAAUGGCUUAAUUUAUUCUCUUCUUUUGAUUCUGAACUACUUCAGAUGAUGUGUAAAAGUUUAUAGCAUCUAUUUAAUGAUAACGGGUUAACUGCUGCUAUUGCUAUUCAUGCCCAAUUCUAUAAUGUGUUUUUGGAUGUUAUUGAUGGAACUGACCACCUGCCACUGCGUUAUAGGUUUCAUUAUUGGACUCUAAGGUGCCUUCUGACUGUGGGUAUAUUGCAAUAAAAAAUG